AUGCGCCGUACUGUUGCACAGAUGGCAGCCGCAACCGCCCUCCAACGCUGCAGACGGCCAUUCGAACAUGUGGUUGGCGAAAGUCUGCCCGCAGAGAGGACCGCCAGUUGUCAACUUCGGAACUACCCGAAAAACCCUCCAGUUACCAUCAGUAAGUCAGUUCACACCCAGACGGAACACUAUCCGGAUCGUCCUCAGCAGCAGCCCGGCCAUCACUGGUGCGACAUUCAUCCGCAUUCUCAGCCGUUGCCGCCGCCGCCGCAGCAGCAGCAGCUACAGAAUUUUCGAACUCCGCUAGAACACGAUAGUGGUGCGGGAUCACUGCCUCACACGGCGUCCUCCCUGAUGCGUGAUCUGUUUGACCCGCGAAACACGGCCCCGAGGUUGAAUUCCCUCUCCAUCUCCUCAUCGGGUAUUGGGGACGAGGAGGAGGACGAGGAGCAGGUUGAGGCGGAUGACGACUUCUUCCCCCGAACAGACUCGCAUAAUUCACACGGCAGGCCAAUCAGUUGUCGCGUCUGUAGCAGGCAUCGUGUUGUGGGCGACCAGGGCACACGCCAGGCUGCUCUGCCUCCCUGGGUACCACAUUACAUGCGAGAAGUAUGUCGUCCGUGGCCUGUGACACACUGGCAUGCUUCCCUGCCGACCCGGCAAACCCCACUGGACAUUUUGUUGCACAUACCCGGCACACCCACUUGCCGUUUCCUUUCUGUGAAGAAACUUUUUUGAGCAUAAGAGUGUGCAGCGAUGAGACGGCAGUCAGGUGCAGUCCCUCGGAUGUAUAUACGUUUUGUGGCCCCUUCCGGACACAACGUAUGCGACUAGAGUGCGGCAUUGCUUGGGGCUGUAGGUCGGAUGGGUUUGGGAGGACCUGAGGUUCGAACCGGGGUUCUUUGGUAAUUGGACGUAAGUAGGUCAUAGCUGUCCGUACUAUCCAGCUCUGCCUCAUUUAACCAUCUGCAGCGUAUAUGGAGCCAGCAAUAUGCGUAACCUGGACCAGAGUUCAGUAAGUACCAAGCGGUUCCAGUGACUUCCGAAACCAAAAUCAGCGUUGCUGCGAUAGUUUUGGAUAUUUGUACUUCGUCCGCAGUACCGUAAACCGAAGUACCUGGACUGGUGUUCUGGCGGAGUAACUUUGACACCUCGCCGAGGGAUAUCAGGACAUUAAUCGACUUUGAAACAAUUCUACUCUGGCACCCGUUUAUCCAUACAGUUUUAGUAUCUCACGGACUAUCGUCAUUAGCCAAGUUCUGUUAUGCCUCCAUCCUUCUCUUCUGCACAGCCCUCUUUACCGGCACAAGUUCCGCACUCCCUAUACGUACACUUCGGAUGUCGUGCACCUUCCAUGGUUCACUUUUUUUCCAACUAUGGCCCGUGCAUGUUCCGACUGUUAACUACUGACCGAACAGACCAGCCUAUGCAUGCUUUGUCUUCCUGUUAGGACAGAGCUCUCUCUCAGUCCCCGCUCUCCUAAUGCGUACUUUAGAUUGUCAAAGUGAUUCAGGAGGAAGUUUCGAGCGUCAUGCAGAAGGAGAUGCAGAAGGCCCUGGCAGCACACGAAGAUCUCAUUCGCGGCACUCUGGCAGUGGAAACAGCAGCAACGCCAGCGACAGGUCCCGCUUCUCGACUGCCCUGCGCAGACCAGGGUCCACCCCAGUCAUCCUCUGGCGCGUCGAGCUCUGUCCCCAGGGUCACGGUGGCGAGUCCCGUCAAGCCAAAUACACCUGGACUAGGAUCUGAGGCUGUGCCGAAGGUAUGUCUGAACGCUCUUCGUGCUGGCUGUUUCCCUGGUGGCUACAUGGGAGUGUGCUGUGUUCCGCCUAGCAUUAUUUGCGGGGGACUUCACGUUCGCUUCUGCACGGUGUGACUUCAGUCAGUUGCGUGAAGUUAAAAAAGGUGUGGCCCACAGAUUCAGUUUGAGGAAGGUAGGUUUAAAAGGGAAUACCCUUAGAGGCAAUCAAAGUUGAGAUGGUCAGGAAGUCUGGCCGGGCACAGAAGCCACUCCAACAGGAACCCAUUCUCUGGGUUGCCAGCGUUAAUAGUAGUUCCAGGACACUAGACUGGUCAAAAACAGCACUUCCGGGUUUAGUUGACUGCACAGGACUCCAUACGUGGGUGGAAACUCGAACCACCUCAGUGUCUGUUCUUCUCACAGCCCAACCGAUUAUCUCUAUGUCUGCGAAAUAAGAGACUGGACCCGUUUUACUGGCGUAGACAGAAAUUUGGAGUACUUGGUUCAUCGAUACCAAGCUGGCUUAUGUUCCCGUGUAAGCGUACAGACCGACUGAAAAUUGUAAGCUCUAGUAACGAAACCCCUUAAAAUUCUGAAAGGUCAGAUAAAUAAAGUGGGAAUUUUAAUGCUUGGUCCGUCUCCUGACUUCAAAAGUAUCUACAAGUGGAUAUUCUCGUCGACUCGUUCAACCUUGAAGUCCUGAUCCCCGCACUGGUAGUUCUGGCAAAUGACGAUCUGAACGUCUCUAACUAGUGCACAUCCCAUUUCUGACUAGAGCGACGACUGCAAAAAAUGGAGCUUCACUUGUGAAGAACUUGGUGGCCUAGCUGUUGUGGCGGAUUUUGAAUAAUUCAUUUUGACCAAACUGUGAAAAAUCCGAUGACCUCGGUGGGAUUCGAACCCACGAAAGCAAGGGGAAGGGUUUAGUACAGCCAACGGUUUAGCCGCCCGAGUUAUGAGGUCCCAUCUGGAGCCGUGAGUUUAAUCACAUUUGGGUCAAGUUAACCGCCCAGCCUACUGCAACAAAUGGGAUCCAUAAAUUCUGAUGCAGUAAGCUGACUACCCAAGCAAAAUUUCCCAAACAAUCUGGAAUCAACUGGGUGACUACGAGGUUCACUUAAUAAAUAGGCGUUACUGGCAGAUUUGGAGUUUACCUCUACAAACUAUGGGCGAUUCCCAGGCAGCAGUUGAGGAGACGCGAUCGAUGGGGUUUUAAGGGAGCGCCCACUGUCAGCUCAGCGACUUCGACCUACUGACAUACUUCUGGCCGAUUCUGCGUCCUACCACCAACUAAGCUCUUUUCCGCAACAGAUCAUUAUAUAGUCACUCGGGUGUUAAACGGCAAUGCAUCCUGCCACCCAUCCUUACCCGAAAUUUUUGCAGUUUUUGUGCGUCAACUCUGUUGUUGGACAUCACUGGACCGACAUCACUCUGUGCCAUUUCCGUGCGAAAAUAUGCAAGAGAACGGCGACCGAAUCAGGUACUCAAUGUUACAGAUAAGAGCACACGCUUAGUUAAUGCGAUUUUUGAAAUUCCAUCUUUGUUCUGGAACAGAAUGAGUCUUUUCUGUCUCAGUUGGUCGAUCCGCACGGUGCCUUAAUGUUGAUCGUUGUUAGUUCGCGUCUUUUUAACCCUCCUUUUGGCUCCCAUGUACUGAAGCUCAUUACUUCUCGCCGUGAGGAGACGUUUGUGAAGCUGCAUACUUCUAUAGAGGGCUUCUUUAUCUUUUUAGACCGCGAACAAUGCUCCACCUCCGCCUCCUCCGCCCGCUGAACCCACCUACACUCCUGAACAGGUAGGCAUCCAAACGCAAUGCUUGUGUCGUUUGCUUAAUUCUGGCCCGAGAUAUGACAGGGCCGCCCGUAUUUUUUGGCGCACAUGGACCCAAUGGGUACCUUUAAACCAGACGGUGAAGAACUCGAAGUGGUACUGGUUGCACUGAGUUAAAAGAGACAUUUGCUCAUGUGAUGCAUUGGUCGAGGUGUGGUAAGUCUCCCUGAGUCCCUAACAAUCGACGCGUGCGCGUGUGGCACUCGUAGACAGAAACCUUCAGGCAUUGCACCACUGGUGUGUGGGCGAGAGAAUAGAAAGCGACGCCGGUUUGCUGUGUGCCUUGGAUGUAGCACACAAUAUAAAGGAAAAGUGGAAAUUGGCACGAUUAUCUGUCGACUGUAAGUCUGUCAGCACAGUCACCCUCUCGGAGAAGGAGACGCGAUCGCUGGAAAAGUGCUUUAUUAGCCUGACGUUUCGGAUUCUCUCUCGAAUCCAUCAUCAGAGACAGAGUCAGAUAAGGGUAUUGGCGGUUUCAAGGCCGCUACAUGCCUAUCACAGUUGGCAGCUCCCGAGUGCAUCACAACUUGACUGGCCAGGUGUUGAAGUAUGUCGUUGCUGUUGUUGAAGUAUGUUGUUGAGUGAGUCGUGAACUGCUCGAGUCAUGGUUUUCCGGUCCUCAGGCAAUCAACAAGCGCAACGACCUCCCCACUCCAUAUUGGGCAUUCAGGCUUAGCCUAGUCAAAGUAGUUCGCCGCGAGGAGAGUGUGCGGAUAACCACUGUCCCCGGUAUCAAUGUCGGCGAGCCAAACCACCCGAGAGUUUACACGGAUGACGAAAUCCGGUAGGUAGCCCAUCGGCGGCGUGCGAGCCAAUUAUCUUGACCGGUAUACAGGCGCAUAGCAACUACAUGGCAACGGCAUAUUUCAACACCUUGCCAGUCGACCUGUGAUGCAUUCGGGAGCUGCCAACCGUGCUAGGCAUGUAGAGGCCUAGCAACUACAUCCCAUAAAUAUUGCAACGCCUGGCCAAUGCACUACCCUUAUCUGACUGUCUUUGAUGAUUGAUUCGAGCGAGAGUCGUAAAAGUUAAGCUAAUAAAGCAGUUGUCCCAGCGAUCGUGUCUCCUUUCUGCGAAUACUUCCUUUAACUCGCCUCUUCACUUCUAUUGGCAAACACUCACCCUCCACAUGAAGUGGUAAAUAAAUGAACUAUUUUACAACGUGACUGCUCACUCCCUCUGUCCCUCCUAACCGGUCUUUUCUGCUCCUUCAGGAGGCUCCCGAAUGCCCUGCCUGUGGUCUAAAAUGCGAGCACCGUCUCCACCUGGAAGCCCAUUUGGAGGCCUGUCUUUCUUCACCGCACUAA